UUGUAUCUUCGCUGUGAUCAUAACACAUACAGGAUGAUGGUAGCCAGUAGCCGUGUUUCACCAUCACCUUCUCAAAUGGCCGCUGGCUCCUCUUCCGAAACUGCUACUUCAACAGCAGAAGAUGUGCAUGUUCCAUCUCAAAGUUGUCAAGAUGCUUUAUCAACUUUAAUCGAAGCUGUAUCUUCCAGCUCGACUUCACCGACGAACACCUCAGACUCAUCUUCAGUCGCUUCGGAUUUUGCCAACUUAUUUGCCGCAGUUCAACAAAGCUCGAAAAGUCCGGUAGUCUCUGAUCAAAUGGAUGUCUCUUCUCCCCAACCCGCACCAUCCUCAGCUGGGAGCGAUGGAGGACAGGCAAAUGCUCAAGAUUUUUCAAACCGUCCCGAUUUUUUCGGGGUCAAAGCAGAGUUUCCAAUUGUUAAGCAAGAAAACAGUCCGAUGGACUCCUUAAUAGCAUCAGCAGCCUUGGAUCCUUCUAGCUUCUGGCAACUCUUACAACAACAUAAUGAUUUUCUAAAUCUACAACUGGUACAAAGAGCACAACAGCAUCAGCAAGUUCAGCUCCAAAAGUUACAACAAACAUCUCACGAUCGUAAAAGAAGCACUCCAAGUACGUUCCAAUUCUGUGAACUUUGUCAGAAAGACGUCCAUUCGUCAAAACUUCCUUGCCAUAUUCGCCAAUACCAUGUUGGUCAGCCAAUGUUUCAAUGUCCAGCUUGUGAUUUUGCUUCAACGUACUCCAAAAAUAAUGUUAAAAGUCAUAUGGUUUCUCUUCAUGGACUGGCGGGAGAUCCUGUUUCGUACAUGGAAAAGUAUGCUCCACAGGUUGAGCGAUUCAUGAAAAUUUGCUUUCCACACGUAAGAGGAAGAGGCAUGUCAGUACGUGGACGAGGUCGUCAUGUGCAAAACCGUUUGUCUCCUCGUGGAGGAAGCCCUCAGCCAAAAAUGUGUAAGACAAUACCGUCUUUAGUCAAUUUUCCUGUAGUCCCGAUGAAAUCUGCAAACGCUCAUUCCUCAUUGGAUGGCCGUGAGUCAGGGACUGAUAAGCCCAAUGUGACAAGGAGUCACGACGAUUUUCUUUUGAUGGCUCAGCCAUCAUCUCAUUCUCUAUUAACUGGAAAUCCAUCAUUUUCUUACUUAACUCCGGCCCUUAUAAGUGGCACCUUAACUAAUAUUAAUAACAACAAAAUUACAAUCAAUGAAAUCUUAAAAGAAUCAAUGCUUGAGGCUUCUUCGGAUGAUGAGAUUUUCGAGGCCCAAUGCAUCAAUAUGGAUCAAGUUCCACUCGAUUGUCCAACAACAUUGAGCUACUAUUCUGAUGGACAAGAGGACGAAAGCCGAUCAGCUUCAUCAUCAGACUUUCCAGAUCAUCUUAUGAGUUUAGUUUAUGAACUUGAGAUCGGGCCUUCCUCAUCAAAUCAUCACGAAAUUUUUUUCGAUAAGCUGAAAAGCAGAUAUGCUGAAGAGCUUCUUAAAAGCUGUAAUCUUAAAGCGGAGUUUCUCGCCGAACAGAAUUGGUGGUUCCAAACAUUGCCUGAAAAUAACUCUCAAGCACCUACCAGUCUUUUGAAUGCAGCUCAGAUCUCAGAAGUAUCAAAAGUUCGGAACGAGUUAUCAUCCAGUAGUUGUUAUCAGAUACCAUCUUUCGAAGUUCUCUACGCUCUGAACAAGAUGGAUAUCAGUAUAUUACCAGUGGGGUUGGUCAAGAAAGUACGAACGAUAGCUCCCAACGAGUUUGAUUCUCGAGUGAUCAAGCUCUUUGUUCAAGAGUAUCCACAGACUUUAACAACUGACGAAGAGAGAUUCAUUGUUGAGUUAGCUCAGAUUGAACGCCUAGAGGACAAACUGGCUAUAAUGAUUGGAGUCGGAAAAUUCGAUGAACGAGUUGCUGCUGCAGAGAAGUCUUUCAAAAGACUCCUGGAGUGCCUCCUAAUCGCCAGGAAAGCAUAUCAAAAUCAAAACUUCAUGGAGAUUGGAAAGUUUGUGAAACAACGUUUGAAUGUUAUAUCACAAGCUUCAAGUAAAAUGAAGCCAUUCCCUCUGUCUAAAUUAGGGGAGUUGUGCGCAACACCCGAUGGCAAGGAUGGGUCUAAAGUUUUCGAUAAAGUCGUCGAGUUCUUGCAUAACAAUGGUAACUGUACAGAGCUGUUUGAACUGGUGGAACCUCUGAAAGCUGCCAGUUUGACGAAUUUUAAUCAAAUCGCAUCUCUUAUAAGAUCUUUCUGUGAAUUGGCUCGUCGUUGCGAACGAGAAUCUCGAAAUUCUCCAAACGCACACGAGAAUAUCUUCCAAGCAGGUGCCAAAUUUUAUAAGCAAUAUGAUAGACUAUAUAAGCUUUAUCACAAAAUGAAGCGAGAUUUCUCUUUUGCUAUCUCUUACAUGUGUGAAGAUACAACUCCAGGAUACCCAUAUCCAUUGCGCUUUCUCAAUGACACUGCUGAGUUCCUGGAAAGACUGAGAUCUGCUAUGGUGCCCUCAGUUUCUUCAGCUACGGCUGAUGUUACAUUGCCAAAGAUAGAAGAAUCUGAAUGA